AUGCAACCCCAUCGACGUGUGAGAAACUUCAUUUUAACAGCUAUUGAUGAAAAUUGUGUUAUUGAAAAGCUAAAUAAAAAUUCUGAGGAUAAUCAUGUUGAAUGUCAGUCGGAUGUUGAUGUUACUGUUGCGUGUGCAGGACAAAUUGAGAGGGAAAAUAUCCAUGUUGAACCUUUUGUCUUGCCAUAUUCUAGAACUUGUACACAUUGUGGUGCAAAAAAAUUCUGCACAGAAAGUAAGGGCUUUUGUUGUUGUGAUGGAAAUGUCAAAUUACAGUUACAUAAUAUGCCUCCUGAACUAUUUUAUUUAUUUACGUCUACAUCUAAAGAGGCUAUUGCUUUUAAGAAUAUUGUUCGCAGUUACAACAAUCAUUUUGCAUUCACUUCAUUUGGUGUUAAGUAUAACAGAGAAUUGUGUAAGAAUAAUAAAGAUUGUCGUCCAACAUAUUUACAACUAUACUUCUAUGAUACUGACAAUGAGAUUGGUAAUAGACUUAAUACUUCAGACAGAUUGUUGAGUGAAGUUACUGAUCUAGAAUCUUAUCGAAUUUUACUGAGGUGUGAUUCAAGUCUUGAUCAGAGAACAUAUAAUUUGCCAACAUCAGAACAGGUGGCUCCAUUACUUUUUCCGUAUGGAGAACCUAAAUGGCAUGAAGGUAUUGAGAAGGUAAAUGUGAAUGUAUCCCGACUUCGAGUUUGUCAAAAUUUAAUAGAAAUUAAUAAUCUUCACUCAGUUGAAGAGCUCUUGGAAAUAGAAGAUGAUGUUUUGAAGACAAGGAGGAAACGGAUGACAGUAUCUUGUCGAGAAUAUUAUUAUUACAAGCUCCAAAUCAGGUCUGAAAAAAAUUGCCUUUUUUUACAUACAGGCAGACUUUUACAGCAAUAUGUAGUGGAUAUGUAUGUUAAAAUUGAAAUCUCAAGAUUUUACUAUUUUCGCAAUAACCAAAAAUUUAUAAGAGCAGAAGUAUAUCAGGGAAUUAUAGAUAGCAUUCAAAAUGGUGAGAAUAGAGGUUAUAAAAUUGGUAGAUCAUUGGUGUUGCCUACUGAUUUUAUUGGGGGUCCUAGAUAUAUGAGAAAAAGAUAUAUGGAUGCGAUGUCUUUAGUUCAAAGGUAUGGAAAACCUGAUGUGUUUUUUACGAUGAUAUGUAAUCCAAAUUGUCCUGAAAUAAAACGUGAAUUGAGACACAGUGAUGAAAUACAGAAUAGGCCAGAUUUGUUGGUGCGAAUAUUUCGGGCCAAACUUGAACAACUAAAGAUAGAUUUGAUUAAGAGAAAAUUGUUGGCUCUUAUAGCUGCAUAUGUUUAUGUCAUUGAAUUCCAAAAGAAAUGA